AUGUCCGAGCAACAGAACGUACUCCCUCAGUUUCGGACGGUUCAGGGGAUGAGUUUCCCCUUUACCCCGAUGAUGGAGGCGCAACACCCUGCCCUCCAGACCAUCGGCAGCCAAGGCGUUUUACAACGCCAACUGCGCGCGGCUCUUGCCAGGAUGGAGUCCGAAGCCGCCUCGGCCCGGCAAGAGCCGCAACAGCACCCCAGGGCCUGCGCGGGGUGCUCGAAGGCCAAGGUCCAGUGCUCAAAGGACCUCCCACGGUGCAGGCGCUGCAUUGUGUACUGCACGCCCUGUGAAUACCCGGCGUGCAGUACAAAAGGCGGCCAAAAGCGAAAGGAGCCGGCCGAAGCCGGAGCUGCCCCCCCGUCGAAGCGGGGGAAGACACAGCAUCAGGCCUCGGCUCCCGCCGUCUCCGCGCCCCCCGCCGUCGCGGCGCCUCCCGCCCUGCAGGCGCCUCCCGCCGUCCCUGCGCCCCUCGCCGCCGCCGCCCCCCCCGCUGUGCCCGCGCCUCCGGCUGUCUCCGCGCUCCCCGCCGUCGUCGCGCCUCCCACAGUGCCCGCGUCUCCCGCCGUCCCUGCGCCCCCCGCCGUCGUCACGCCGCCCGCCGUGCCCGCGCCUCCGGUCGUCCCCGCGCCUCCCGCCGUCCCUGCGUCCCCCGCCGUCCCUGCGUCCCCCGCCGUCGCCGCGUCCCCAGCCGUCCCCGCCCCUGCCGUCGACCCGGACUUCGGCGAUCUGCCGCUGUUCGGCAGCCUCUCGGGGGCCCUGGACGGGGACGACUAUUUCGAUCCGGCCGUCCUCAACCGUUUUUUCAACGGCAUUGUCGACUCCGCGCCGCCGAUGACGAUGACGACGACCCCCACGACGUGCCGGUGCCUCGAGGUGUGCGAGCGCCAGAUGACCGCGCUGCACCAGAUGUCCGGGAAGGCUCAGCCCGGGUCCCCGUACCGGAAAGCCUUCUUGGGGCAGUGCCAGAGGGUCAUGAACGCCGUUUCGGACGCCCUGGUCUGCCAGCGGUGCACCCCGCCCGCGCGCACCAACAUCGCCUCGGUCCUGCUCCUCGGCCUCGCCUUCACGACGCUGAUGUCUGCCUACCUCAUGCAGACGACGGCCAUGAAAACCGAGCUGCCGCCCGGCACGUCCCCGAAGCAGCUCGCCGACCAGUCCGCCCUGGACGACUGGUGCACCCUCGCCGCCCAGGUGUACUGCGUGCAGCGCCACCUGGAGAAGUUCCGCGCCUGGGUCGACGAAGCUCCGGCACAGGCCCCCCUCGCCGCCGUCGCCCUGGCCGAGGCCGAUUGGAGAGUGUCCGUUCUGGCGGCCAUGGAAGAGUGGGAGGGGCUGCUCCCGGACUUUCUGGGGUGA